GGAAAAUCCUUUCUAAGGCAACGACUGGUGGUGGGAGUAUGAAGAGGGGAUACGACACUACAGCAAGGAGGCCCUCAAUAAGGAGUUUCCAGAGAAGACUCGGCCGGUGAGCUUCAAACAUCCUCUGUUCCAGUGUCCUGACAUGAGCCCGUCCCCCUCCGUCCCCUCCUCAGUUGAAUUCGUGAAAGCGGCCGAUAUCAAAGUCGUCUCAGCCUUAGGGGAUUCUCUGACGACAGCCAUAGGCGCCAACGCCACCACUGUCCUUGGGAUCCCUAUUGAGUUUCGUCACGUGUCCUGGAGCAUCGGAGGCUAUGGGACAUUUGAAGAUGUCAUUACUUUGGCAAAUAUUAUCAAGCUGUUUAACCCUAAUCUUCUGGGCGCUGCUCCUGGUAAGACCGUUCAUGGGAUGCAGGCUCAUAUCAGUGAAACCGGCUUCAACCUGGCUGUGACUGGACACAACACCUUCAAUCUGCCUGGCCAGACGAGGCAUUUGAUCGACACACUCCGAGGUUAUGAGGGUCUAAACUUUGAGGAGGACUGGAAGCUUCUGACCAUCCUCAUGGGCAUGAAUGACAUCUGUGACUACUGCAAAGAUAAAGCUUUGUUUUCAGUGGAUAAUUUCAUUCAUUACAUGACCAUGUCCCUGGAGAUGCUUAUGAACGAGGUUCCUCGAAUGAUCGUUAACGUUGUUCAGAUCCUGCCCAUGGAGACUCUGAGGGAGGUGCAGAAACCCACCCCGGGGUGCCUGCUCCAGCGGUCUUUCUGUUCAUGUCUGAUAGAGCCAGUAGCGAAGUCUCCUGAACUGCGAGAGCUGGUGGAAGUCAACUUGGAGUUUCAGAAAAGACUGGAGGAGCUUCUCUACAGUGAUCGUUUCUUCAGGAAGGACUUUGCCGUUGUUCUUCAACCCUUUCUGAAGGACGCUGACCCUCCUCGCCUGCCGAGUGGAAAGAUUGAUAUGACCUUCUUCACUCACGACUGCUUCCACUUCACCAUAAAGGGACAUGAAGAGCUGGCCAAAGGACUGUGGAACAACAUGUUUCAGCCUCAGGGAGGAAAGAUGAUUGUGAGCAGUUUCUCCGACCCCAUCAGUCUCAUCUGUCCUCCUGCGGAACAUCCUUACAUCUUCACCCGACCGGUCGCUGCCCGGUCAGGUCAGCCCUGCCUCUGCUCUGAUGUUCUGUCACAGAAAACCCUCUUCCUGGUGCUCAUGCUCCUUGUAGGUUUUGAACAUCUUGGACUAAUGUAGCUUUAACUGUGCUCCACUGCUUGCACACAUCAUGGUGCUUAUUUUGAAGGACGCUAAAGAAAAUGUCCAAAAAUGUCGGUGUCAGUUUGUGAACCACAUUUUUACAUUUUUGCUUGCAGACAGACACAGAGUAAGGACGAUUUUAUUGCAGUAUAAUUUCAAAAACUCACAAAUAACACAUCGGUUUAAUGUUUUCUAUUGGGCAGAAGUUAGAGGUGGGGAGGAAUUUUCACCCUGGUGGGAGCAAUUUGUUCUGAAUGGAGCGAUUAUUGCCCUUGAGUACCAAUUUUGUUUAGUUGUCAUUAGAUUUUUCAGUUCUUUCGUGCACGGAGGAUAAAUCAGCAGCUCUGAGGGAUGGAACAACCCUCUUAUUUUUUUCAGUUCUGAUGCAACACAUUGUACAGAACAUUCUGAAGGAAAAGUCUUAAUUUGUGCUGCUUUU